GAGGUCUUGGCAACUGAUUCUUCGAUCGAGCCAGUCUGACGAUGAGUAACAACUGGAAAUCCUUUCGAUUAAGGCUUCAAACCCGUACUCUCGUGUUUCUUCUGGUGAUUUUGAGCUUCGGUUCUUGCUAUUCGUUUAAAUCUCAUGGUGUGGGUGUUCUGGAAUUUGUGUCGAAAGAUCUAAGGUCAGAUACAGAUGCUGAGGAUUUGAGAGCUGUUGGUUUUCACAGGAAAUUACUUGGCCGUUUUCGUAACCCAUACACCCAUUUGACUACGUUCAGAGAUCGGCCUGUGGCAAGAGCUACACCUCCGUCUUCUUCGGUUUCUCCGAGACCUAAUGCCAAAAAAACCUUAACAUUGCCUUCCCCACAAAAAAGUCCUCCUGCAAGACAUGUUUCUGCUCCACCUCCUUUUAUGCACCCUGUGAAUUUUCCUAGUCUAAGAAGAAGCUCCAAAACUUCUUCAAACAGCACAAUUCCUAUAUUGGCUGGCUGCGUAGGCGGUGCUGUGUUUAUCCUCCUUUUAGCUACUGGUGUCUUCUUUUUCAAAAGUAAGGCUGGAAAAUCUGUGAAUCCCUGGCGUACAGGUCUUAGUGGACAACUUCAGAAAGUGUUCAUAACUGGUGUCCCCAAACUCAAAAGAUCUGAGAUUGAAGCUGCCUGUGAAGACUUCAGUAAUGUUAUUGGGUCUUGUCCCAUUGGUACAUUGUUCAAAGGGACGCUAUCAAGUGGGGUGGAGAUAGCUGUGGCUUCUGUUGCUACUGCCUCUGCCAAAGAAUGGACAAAUAACAUAGAAAUGCAGUUCAGAAAGAAGAUCGAAAUGUUAUCCAAGAUAAACCACAAGAAUUUUGUCAACCUUCUUGGUUACUGUGAAGAAGAUGAACCUUUCACUAGGAUCUUGGUGUUUGAAUAUGCAUCAAAUGGAACAGUCUUUGAACAUUUACACUAUAAAGAAUCAGAACACUUGGACUGGGUAAUGCGGCUAAGAAUAGCAAUGGGCAUAGCCUAUUGCCUUGACCAUAUGCACGGACUCAAGCCACCUCUAGUCCACAGCAAUCUUCUUUCAUCAUCAGUUCAACUCACAGAGGACUACGCUGUCAAAAUUGCGGAUUUCAAUUUUGGAUAUCUAAAAGGCCCAUCCGAGACAGAAAGCAGCACCAAUGCACUCAUAGAUACAAACAUCUCAGAAACAACACAGGAAGACAUUGUUCACAGCUUCGGGUUGCUGUUGUUUGAAUUGAUGACUGGAAAACUCCCAGAGUCAGUUAAAAAAGGUGACUCGAUAGAUACCGGAUUGGCUGACUUCUUGAGAGGAAAGACAUUAAGGGAGAUGGUGGAUCCAACACUGGAAUGUUUUGAUGACAAGAUUGAGAAUAUAGGUGAAGUGAUCAAAAGUUGCAUAAGGGCAGACCCGAAACAGAGACCGAUAAUGAAGGAAGUGACAGGGAGAUUACGAGAGAUCACUGGAUUAUCACCAGACGACGCUAUCCCAAAACUGUCACCGCUCUGGUGGGCAGAGCUGGAACAGAGCGAGCAGCAAUGUGACAAUCACCAGGUGAGACACGUGUCAACCGUACCUGUCGAGUAUUCCACACCGACUCCUCCGGAAUCCGACGAUUUCUUAUCGGAAAUCGAUCGGCUUAACUCUCUCCGAGCGAAACUAGACGUUUCCAAGGAUUUACGCCGGAAGGACGCGGUUAUCGACGCUGAUUCCAGAGUUCGUCGAUUCUUCAGCGAGAAUCGAGGCGGUUUAUCUCAGGUUUUAGGUUCACUUGGUUUGAAUUCGAAAGAGAUGUUUCUCGUUAAGUGUGUUAUCGCUGCGGGGCAAGAACAUGCUCUAUGUAUGAAUUACGAGGAAGCAUUUGAACAGGAAGCGGAAGAGUAUACAGUGAGAAGCUCGGUGAAGAACGUGCUCUACGCAUUGGUGGAGAUGAUUGAGCGAUUCGAUGUGAAUAGUAGCGGCUAUAAAGGUAGAAGAGAGAUUGGUACAGUUUUAGAUGCAGAGGAGAUUUCUCACUUUAGAAAAUUCUUGACGUUUCUAGAAGAAGUUGAACAGUUUUACGACUGCAUUGGAGGAAUUAUCGGAUAUCAGAUUAUGGUUCUUGAGCUUCUUCAUCAGUCAUCUAAGAGACGUAAUACUAACCGCUCACAUCUUGUUGAAGAAUCCUUGGGUUGCCAGUACUUAGAAAUGCACACUCCUAGUGUUCUUGACCUCACUCAGAAGGCAGAUUAUGCCUCGCAGGCGGCAAUAUGGGGAAUUGAGGGAUUGCCAGACUUAGGUGAAAUAUAUCCCCUAGGAGGUGCAGCAGACAGACUAGGUUUGAUUGAUUCAGAAACAGGAGAAUGCCUUCCUGCAGCAAUGCUUGCUCAUUGUGGACGAACUUUGUUGGAAGGACUUAUUAGAGAUCUUCAGGCUAGAGAGUUUCUUUACUUCAAACUUUAUGGAAAGCAAUGUGUCACACCUGUUGCCAUUAUGACAAGUGCUGCAAAGAACAACCAUGAGCAUGUAAGUUCCCUUUGUGAAAGGCUCAAAUGGUUUGGAAGAGGUCAAUCAAAUUUCCGACUCUUUGAACAGCCUCUCGUCCCAGCUGUCAGUGCUGAAGAUGGUCAAUGGAUAGUAUCAAAGCCCUUUGUGCCAGUUAGUAAACCUGGUGGUCAUGGUGUGAUAUGGAAAUUGGCUUAUGACAAAGGUGUCUUUAACUGGUUUUACGAUCAUGGAAGAAAGGGGGCAACUGUUAGGCAAGUUAGUAACGUUGUGGCUGCCACAGAUGUUACCCUCUUGGCCCUUGCUGGGAUUGGCUUACGGUACAAUAAGAAACUUGGGUUUGCAUCCUGUAAAAGGAAUGCUGGAGCAACUGAAGGGAUUAAUGUAUUGAUGGAGAAGAAGAAUUUUGAUGGGAAGUGGGAAUAUGGUUUAUCGUGCAUUGAGUACACAGAAUUUGAUAAAUUCGGAAUCUCCAACAGAUCACCUUCUUCAAAUGGUUUGCAGGCUGAUUUCCCGGCCAAUACAAACAUUCUAUAUAAGCGAAUUGAGUACAUUGAUCAGUAUGGAGACUAUCACAGCGUUAUGGGUGGUAGAUUGGAAUGCACAAUGCAAAACAUAGCAGACAAUUUUUUUAAUAAGUUUCCAUCUAGAUGCCAGGGCAGUCUAGAAGACAAACUGGAUACAUAUAUUGUAUACAACGAACGAAGAAGGGUCACUUCAUCAGCUAAGAAGAAGAAACCACAUGCAAGUGCUGCAUUACACCAGACUCCAGAUGGUGCAUUGUUGGAUAUACUCCGGAAUGCAUAUGACCUCCUUACGGAGUGUGAUAUUAAACUCCCCAUGAUUGAAACUAAUGAUAAAUAUGUUGAUUCCCCACCUCCGUAUCUCAUUCUUCUGCAUCCUGCCCUCGGCCCUCUUUGGGAAGUUUCGAGACAGAAAUUCAAGGGAGGGUCAAUUUCCAGUUGCUCAGAACUGCAACUAGAGAUUGCAGAGUUCUCAUGGAACAAUGUUCAGAUUGAUGGUAGCUUGAUCAUCACUGCUGAAAAUGCCAUGGGUUCAACAACACCUAACGAUAAUGGUGAACCAAUAUUACAAUACGGAUUAAGGUGUGGUAAGUGUAAACUGCAUAAUGUCAAGGUAGUGAACCGAGGAAUCGAUUGGAACAAAUUUGAAGCCAGCAAUGUAACUAUAGAGGGAAACCAUGUUUUUGAAGUACCCGACGGUCACAAACUUAAGAUCACACCAGGAAAUGCAGGUUUAAGCAUCAACUUGGAAGCACUGAAAGAAGAGGUAAAGGAAACAGGAAGCUGGUAUUGGAACUACCAACUCAAUGGAUCCCACAUUCAUCUUCAACAAGUAGAGGUUUCACAAAACUAACCCCACCAAAUAAUUGGGAGCUAAGCCU